AUGUCUGGAAAAAGCCACCAGUUUUGCAGGAGAAAACAAGGACAAAUUGUUCCAGCAUUGCUGAAUGCUGUUACAUACGCCUUCUUUUGCAUGAGGUUCGUGUUCCAGUCAUUCUCAAUACUGAAAACUGUAAACAAUGUGACCUAUCCAACAUUUCAAGAGGCUUGCAUAACAAUUAAAUUGCUGGAAGACGAUGAUCAUUGGGAUCGAACUUUAGAAGAAGCCUCAAUUUCUGAUUCUCCUUAUGAAAUUCGUGAAUUGUUCACUAUCAUGUUAGUUUUCUGUCAAGUUGAAGAUCCAAUUAAAAUGUGGGAAAAAUACUGA